GUGUAAAAACGAUUUUAUUGCGGGGUUCGAAAUGAAACAUUGAAGGUCACGUGUGGAAUAAUUGAGAAUACUUUACAUUUAAAAGGAAAAUUGUAUAAAGUAGUCGAUAAUUGACACUCUUUUCACCGCAUGUCUUUACCAUUUACAAAUUUUAUACAGUCAAUAUUUGCAUUUCACUCAUAAUUAUAGGUUAACCAAACGCUCUUGUGUUUUCGUUAGUUUCCACAUUUACUAUGUUAGUUCGUUUUAUAGCAAUGGAAGCAAGGAUUAAACCAUACAUUUUUUGAAGAAGUGUAGAAUUUUCUAAGAGGGUUACUGUGCCAGAGGAUAUCUAUUUUUUUCUAUUUUUAUUGAAGUAAGCAGAUUUUGGACGGUUCUGAAAUGCCUCCACAAAUGAGUAGUGAAAAAUUCAUCCGCGCUGAGCGCAGGAAUCGGCUCGAGACGCACAAGUUAAAAGUUACUUACAAGCAUUACGACAAAGAAACUGUGCGACUAAACUAUGAAAUCGAUCGAGAAAAAAGGUUUAUAACAAAGUCAUUCCGAAAUGUGAUUAAGACUUCCGGUGCGAGUGAUCUUGGAAUUCCUCCAAAAAAUGAAAAAGACACAGACUUUGAAAAAUGUCCCUCCUACAUGCAAGGACUCAAACUUAGCAAUAAACGCUUGAUGGAAUGGAGAGAGUGUGAAAAACAGCUAAACAAAUUCAUUACGCAACACGAAUUAGAGCGCGCGAAACAAAAACGAAAGAAGUACCUGAAGAAAAAAUCCGUAGAUUAUGAUAUUAUUCCGCCAAGGAAGCUCGAAGAUUUGGACGAUGACGUUUUUGCUGAUAAUGAAAGUACUUUGACCAAUGAGGCAUCUUCUCCUUGUGAUAUUCUGAAAGAUAAUCCGAAUGACACGUCAGAGGUUUUUGACAUUAAAAAAUGGGAAUCGGAAAUUAUCGAAAGCUACAAAACAAUGGUUUGUCAUAAACCACAGGUAAAUGGCAAUGAUACCAAACACAAAUUAAAAUCUUUGUCGUCCCCGACAUUUUCAACCCGAAAUAACGAUACUGAAGUAGAGAAGAAAAAGCGGGUAAGACCGCAUACCGCACAGCCAAGAAUUCGACCAUCGUCCGGAAAUUCGUCUAUACCACAGAGACCCGCGUCUGCAAAUGUUAGAAAUAACAACCAGUCUCAAUUUCUGAUAACAAAGGAUAGCAUCUAUAUCAAAACAGGACAGAGCUUUGAAAAACUCUUGGAUAGUAGGCCAGUUGAAACACCAGUGAUGGUAAAUAAUUAUUUGACCACGCCUUCUUCAUCUUUGAAACCACCGAGUGCAAAUAUGGAAAGAGAUCACAGUGUUGCAUCUUUAAGUACAUUAUGCCCGGUUCAGGAAGGUAAUGAAGAUGACGACAUUGAUGACGUAACUAAUGACAAAUUACACGGAAACGCAAAUGACACAGACGGCGUUUCUGAAAGUGAGAAGGAAGACCAAACUGACUGUACGGCAGCUAUAGAAAACAAAAUGCGUUCAGAAUUAUCUUUAAAAUUUCAGAAUCGUAUACGACAGAAAUUAGAAAGGAAACGUUCCGCAAAAUCUAGUAUAAAUGGUAACGCGUCGAAUAGAAAUCAUUACAAAUCUUCGAACUCUGACUUAAGUUCAUAUGUAGAAGGUAGUCGAAGGACGCGGAGGGAUUCCGGAUCUGCGUCAAGUAUGAUAAGCAUGCCAAUGUCAAGAACUGGAUCGUUUGUAUCUAGUCAUAGGCCAAGUAUAUCCCUCGGUAUUUCGGCUGAUAUUGAGGAAAUCCAAAAAGGACAGGAUAAAUUGAUGAAUGAAAUUAAACCCGAUAAACCUCUGGCCACUAAUAAACUUGUUUCAGUGUCAAAAAUAGUUCGUGCUGCAUUGACAUUUUCAAGAGUUGCCCGUAAAAGGGCGUUGCAAAAUAUGCAGAACGAGAAUUCGUCUGAUUCUCACGAGAUUGUGCGGCAAGAACGAAUUCGUAAGUUGCAAUCACGACAGAACGUUCUCAAUUCAAUAGCUAGUCAAUGGCAAAUGGACCCAAGCACAACGAUAGAACAAGUUGAAUAAUUGCAAAGAAUUGGAAAAUCAUCAUUUAAAUAAGAUUACCUGCUGUUCCGCUGAGGAUAUAGUCGUGCUUUUCUUCUUAGCUAUAUAAUUAACUAGAUUCUAACUAUUACUCCAAUCAAAAUGAGAAAAAAAGAAUAUUCCAUGUAUGCAGUAGAUAUGUGUCUCUGUCUCAUAAGUUAAAUUCAAAGGGAUACUAUCGUCCAAUUUUCUUACACACGAGGACUACGUUAUAAUAGAUUGUACCAGAAAAAAACCCAACACAUUUACCAACUAAACAAGAAGCAAGUAUCAAAGUUCAGUCCAUAGUGCCCCAUUAUAGGAAACAAUAUUCAUAUUUUUUAUGUUUAAAUGCCCACUUGACACCAUCUGAUGAGUGCAAAGUUUAUCAAACUGGCUAGAUAUUUGAAAAAAUACACAUUAUUAUAAUUUGUUCAAAAGUUAGGAAAGCUGUAAUGUGUAGGCGCACAAAAUACGGGUACAGUUAAUUUAGAUGUGUAGGAAAUACUUUGCUUAUGUCUGUACAUUCUGAUGUCUAGAGUGUACUUUUCUUUAUUGGCACAAGCCACACAUUAAUAGCUUUUAAUAUAGUAUAAUCAUUGAUCCCAAAAUACAAUUUUCAAUCUUUAUUGAAAAGAAUAUUAAAUGGAUUAAAUGAUUGUUAACGUUUAGAUCCAGAUAUUUAGAUAAUAUUUUCUAAAAAGACAGGUUUAACCUGGUUAUUCAAUGUAGGUUAAAAUAUUUGCGGCCUCGGUUUGUUUAUUUUUGCCGGGUCCAAGAUUGACCCUAUAGUUUUAACGAAUCAAUUUUAGUCUGGUGUGUUUGCACAACCCAACGAAUAAGAAGGAGAGAAAGAAAGAAAAAAAAACAAUAUUAUUUAUUUAUGGAUUUGAAUAACAUCAAAAUAUUGAAUUAUUUACCUUUUUAAACUAGAGUGAAAUUUGACAAUGAUUAUGAAAUACAAAUGUAAAAUUGGGCGGUAUUAUUUAGCAUUUAGUUUAUCAGUGUAAUUAUACAUGUUUAGUGAUAUAUUUCUGUUUUUUUCCCCUGUUACAUGUAAUAUUAA